AAGCAUGUGUAGGGUUUAGAUUGUUUCGCAGAAUCAUAAUGUGGCCGUAUCUCGAAUCGGAGGAUUUCAGCGUGUUGCCGCCUGAUCAAAACCGAAGGUUUAACCCUGCUUUCAACAUGGCCUCACUGAAACAAGUUGUCAAUGAUGUUGUCGAAAGAGUGCGCACGCCGACCCCGAUGCGGCUGAGGGACCUGAUAAGGCAGAUCCGUGCGGCACGCACGGCUGCCGAGGAGCGAGCUGUGAUCAACAAGGAAUGUGCCUACAUCCGCAGUACGUUCCGCGAGGAGGAUAGUGUGUGGAGAUGUCGCAACAUCGCCAAACUGCUGUACAUACACAUGCUAGGAUACAAAGCCCACUUUGGCCAGUUGGAGUGUCUGAAGCUGAUUGCGUCGCCGAGGUUCACAGACAAGAGGAUUGGCUACCUCGGAGCCAUGUUGUUGCUGGAUGAGCGACAAGACGUGCAUCUGCUCAUCACAAACAGCUUGAAAAAUGACCUCAACAGUUCCGUACAGUUUGUGGUCGGGCUUGCGUUGUGCACACUAGGCGCCAUAGCUUCUCCUGAGAUGUCGCGAGAUUUAGCCGCCGAGGUGGAGCGCUUGAUGAAGUCACCCAACGCUUACGUACGCAAGAAAGCUGCGUUGUGUGCGUACAGGAUCAUACUCAAGGUGCCGGAACUCAUGGAAAUAUUUCUGCCUGCCACUCGGUCACUGUUGUCAGAGAAAAAUCAUGGUGUUUUGAUCACCGGAGUUACGUUAAUUACCGAGAUGUGUGAACAGAGCGUAGACACACUCAACCACUUCAAAAAGAUUGUUCCUAACUUGGUUCGGAUACUCAAGAACCUCAUCAUGGCCGGAUAUUCUCCCGAACAUGAUGUUUCUGGCGUCAGUGAUCCUUUCCUUCAGGUCAAAAUAUUGAGACUGCUGAGAAUCCUGGGUAAGAAUGAUGUGGAGGCGUCGGAAGCCAUGAACGACAUCUUGGCUCAGGUGGCUACUAACACAGAGACCAGCAAGAACGUAGGCAACACCAUCCUCUACGAGACUGUGCUCUCUAUCAUGGACAUCAAGUCCGAGGGAGGACUCAGGGUACUAGCGAUAAACAUUCUCGGCAGAUUCCUGCUCAACAAUGAUAAGAACAUUAGGUAUGUUGCACUCAACACCCUGUUGAAGACUGUCUACGUUGACACGAGUGCCGUGCAGAGACAUCGGACCACAAUACUGGAGUGCUUGAAGGACCCAGAUGUGUCUAUCCGGCGGCGUGCGUUGGAGCUCAGUUUUGCAUUGGUAAACGGCAACAACAUCCGUGCUAUGAUGAAAGAGCUUUUGCUGUUUUUGGAGCGCACUGAUCCGGAGUUCAAGGCACAAUGCUCGUCCAGCAUCGUCCACGCGGCUGAAAGAUUCGCUCCAAACAAGAAAUGGCAUCUGGACACUUUGCUGAGAGUGUUGGUUGCGGCUGGUAACUACGUGAGGGAUGACGUUGUGAGCAGCACUAUCCAGCUGAUCUCAGAGACGACGGCCCAACAGACUUACAUCGUACAACAGCUGUGGAUGGCUCUGGAGAGUGACACAGCUGAUCGCCAGCCCCUCACUCAGGUGGCCACGUGGUGCAUCGGAGAGUACGGGGACAGUCUGCUGUACGCACCUGAUUCCCCUGUCAAGGUGACGGAGAUGGAAGUUAUCCAGGUAUACCAGAGGUUGUUGUGGUCUCCUCAGAACUCCACCAUCACCAAGCAGUACGCUCUCAUGUCACUGGUCAAACUCAGCACUCGCUUCAACUGUGAUACAGGUAAAAUCCAAGAGCUUGUGGAGAUGUUUGGAAGCCAUGUACACAUGGAGCUACAACAGAGAGGAGUAGAAUUCACACAACUGUUUGGCAAAUAUGACCAUUUGCGAAGACCACUGCUGGAGCGAAUGCCGCCGAUGGAGGUGGUGCGGACAAACCCUGCUGAGACCAACGGAGAGGUGGAGCCAGAGACGAACUCCGAGGUGUUAGAUAUCACCCCGGUAGACACACAGGACUCGAACGCACUGCUGGUGUUGCUGGGUGGUGACACAGGGGAAGGAGAUAUUGUCAGACCUGUAGAGCAGAGUAAACCUAUCGUACCUACAGACAAUCAGGACUUGCUCGACCUGCUGGGUGGUUUGGACGUAGGGACGACGACCAUUCCUACAAUCAACAGUGACACCAACACCAACGACCUGGCUAUCGUCACCAACGGCCCCAGUACCCAGCUGACCAGUGCCACGGUCACAACAGUACAGAACAACAACAACAUUCUCCUCAAUUCUCUCAACAGUGCCAACCUGCUGGACGGCCUGGCCCCUAGUGUGCCAGAGAUUGUAGCGUUUGAUAAGAACGGGCUGCGGCUGGUGUUCGGAGUGGAAAGGUUGACGGACGCUCCAACAACCACUGUAGUCCAUGUGACUGCCACCAACCAGACGCAGACACCCUUCACAGAGUUCCUCUUUCAAGCAGCUGUGCCUAAGACAUUCCAACUACAGAUGAUGCCUCCGUCGGGGACAGUGAUCAGCCCGGGCGGCCAGGUCACUCAGACAGUGCGAGUAGUCAAUCCCAACAAGAGCAUGCUGAAGAUGAGGAUCCGCAUCAACUAUUCAUGUAAUGGAGCCACAGUUCAGGACCAAGCGGACGUGACCAACUUUCCCCCGGAAACUUGGCAAUGACCUUCCGCGUAACUCGCGUUCCUCUCAACCACUUCAUCAACGUGUACAUAAUAGUAUUUAUAUCAAUUACAAACUCGUUAAAGCCAAUAUAUUUUUCCCAUCUCAUAAUAGCAUUCAUGAACUUACCACUAGGAAAUUAAUGUAAAUUUGUAUAUUCGUAUGGGUCAAUUAUAUUUUAUUUACGGCUUAUUUGUCGGAUAUCAAAUAUGAUUUUAAACAAUUGGGUUUUUAAAUUUGGGUUCUCAUUUUAUUUGAUUUUAAGUUUUGUCAAGCUUAAAAUUAAUUAGAAUGGUGGAGAAUCAAUUGAGUUCAAUACAAUAUUAAAAAUAUUGUACAGAUGUACUUGAACUUGAUUAUUAAAUUUGUUGUAUUUGACAAAUUGUUAAAAGAAAUUGUAACAAAGGGAAAAAUAAUAAGCAAGUUAUUAAAGCCUGAAUAAAUGGCACAUUCCAUUCCUUUAAACUGCAGAAAUAAAAUGUGUUAGGGUAUUUUCUUCAAAAUAGUUUUCGGGUACAUUGCAGGUUUUUUUUCAGAUUUUAAAUUCCUAUGACUUAAGAACUUAAGGAAGAUACAAUAAAUUUAAUUAUUUUUAAAAUCGUGUGUUGCAAUUGAAGCAUUAUACUUCUAACAAUGAGCUGGAAGUAGGAUUGGCUCAUAUAAUUGAUGAGAAAUUUUAUUUGAGUGGGCUUGAAUAAAUAUCAUUAUGUAUAAAGACAUGUAAAUAAAAUCAAGAGAUAUGAGAUAUAACUAGUAUAAUCUUGUAUAUAUGUGACCAGUAUUUUAACGAAUUAAUUUGAAAUUGUAGAACUGAGUUUUGUAUAUUUAAAAAGUGUCAUAGUCGAUAUUUAAUAGGAACAUAUUACCGGCUUAGUUACUAUUUCGGAUGUCAAAAAGACUGCAAUAGGAAGUAGAUUAAUCUUUUAUUGCAAUUAUUGUUAAAAUACAGAUCGAUAGUUUUUAGGUAAUAAUGUUAUCUACUUAAUUUGUUAUAGAAACAUUUCCACUUGUUACUUUGGCCUAUAUUUGUACUUAAUUUUUACUUUGUCUUGUUUUAUUUUCGUAAUGUUACUUUAUCUUGUAUAUAUUGAAGACUUCCCUCCAUUGUAAAAUAUGAUAGUAUAAAUAUUGAAAAUGUUUAUAGGAUGUAUAUAGUGGUGUUUAUUGCACUCGAGUUGAGAUCUUCACUAUUAAGUUUGGUACUCAAUUUAAUUGUUGUUUUAACGCAACGUAUGAAUAUUAUUCUGCUUGGCUUGAUUUUAUUGUUUUUAUCCAUUAUUUUGAGUUCAUCGAUGUUGGCAUGUCAGUAUUUUUAUUAGAUUUUGAAUUAUACUUAUUUUUAUCAACAGACAUUUAUUUUGUCUCAAAAUUUCUAGUGAUAAAGUUUAAUAUCUGUGAUACUAUUGGAUCACUUU